AUGGUAAUAGACAACCAUACCUACUGGCUGGUAUCAGCGUAUUUAGGCCACGACCACCAGGGCCCACUGCCUGGUACCAUUCUGGAGAAGACGGUCGCUGAAUCAACAAGGCAGAAAACAAACCUAAUUAUCGGUUGUGACGCCAAUGCGCACCAUACUACGUGGGGUUGUACUGAUUUAAAUAACAGAGGUGAGUCUCUUUUUGAUUAUAUUUUAACAACUAAUCUGGUAGUAAGUUAUGAAGGUAGUGAACCAACCUUCAUCUCUAAAAAUCGAUUAGAAGUUUUAGAUUUAACUCUUGUUUCGUUAAACCUCUCAAAUAAAAUAUUGAAUUGGAGAGUAUCAAAGGAGAACUCGUUCUCCGAUCAAAGAUACAUCCAAUUCACACUUAUCAAAGAGUCCCCAAAACCGAUCCAAUUCGGGAAUUAUACGAAAACAGAUUGGCCAAAAUAUAGGGCGACUAUGAAUGACUUUGAUCUGAUUAAACUAGAACUUUCGGAUCCGCCCUUGUGCGCUCUUGAACUCGAGCAAAGGGUCGAUGAGCUUACAGCAGUCAUCAAUAAAGCCAUGGAAACUGCCUGCUUCCUGACUGCAGUGCGGGGAAAGAAGAAACCAUAUUGGUGGGCUGCUGAACUAGAAACACUCAGAAAAGAUUGUAGAAGGGUUUUUAAUCGUGCAAAAAAGACUAGAUAA